CUUUCAUUCCAACAGCAGCACCCGGUCAGGUCCACACCAGUUAGGCUGAGCAGUGACGAGCUCUUCUCACCUAACGUGAAAGAGGUGUUUCUUUCAUUCAUUCAAUUAUUUAAAAGGAAGAAAAUGAAUAAUUAAUCGCGGAAUUCGAUCGGUAAAGUAGCCUAUUGGUUUGUGAGAUUCUAUCACACAUUUAGAGCGCGCGAUUGUGGGAAACUCAGGAAGUGAAGCUGAACACGUGUAGUAGUAAAGACGUCUAAGAGAACAGAAGAAUGAAGUCAAUGGCUCCAUCUCUGGAGCAGGCGUACAAGCGCCGCUGGUGGAUGGCGGUCACGGCGGUGCUGGAGAACCUGCUGUGCUCGGCUGUGCUGCUGGGCUGGGGCUCCCUGCUCAUCAUGCUCAAGAACGAGGGCUUCUACUCCCACCUCUGCGCAGGUGUUAACGAGACAGUAGUGGCGAUCAACAGCACCACAGGGAUGUGGCUGAGUUGCGUGGACCAGGAGGAGAUGCUUAACCUGGGCUUCACCAUUGGCUCCUUCCUGCUCAGUGCGACCACCCUGCCCCUCGGCAUCCUCAUGGACAAAUUCGGGCCUAGACCCAUUCGUCUCAUGGGCAGUGCUUGUUUUGCCAUUUCCUGCGCACUGAUGUCUGUGUCAGCAUACAACCCAGCAGUCCUCUCGGCACUCAUUUUCCUGGCUCUGUCCCUCAAUGGCUUUGGAGGAAUCUGCCUGACAUUCACCUCUCUGACGUUGCCCAACAUGUUUGACAGUGUCAGCUCCACCAUCAUGUCCCUGAUGAUUGGCUCCUAUGCCUCCUCUGCUGUGACCUUCCCUGCAGUCAUGCUGAUCUAUAAAGCAGAAGUAACAUUCACCACGAUCAUGUGGGUCUGGUCAGGUGUGGCUGGCCUGGUCUUCGUGAACUGCUUCCUGAACUGGCCUGCCGAGGGUUUCCCUACCCCAGAAGAGCGGGCGUACAAGAAAGCAAUGGAGGAGAAUGAGCGCUCACUGGACCACAAGCCAGAUCAGAUCACAGAGAAACCCACCGAUCCAAAUUCUGUGCCGUUCCGUCGCUCCGUCUUCACCCCCAUCUUUGCCUGGAGUCUGCUCACCAUGGGGAUGUCCCAGCUCCGCAUCAUCUUCUUCAUGGGCGCCAUGAACAAGAUGCUGGAGUGGCUGGUGAAGCACGGAGAGGAACAUCCUUCUGAUCAGUUGGUGAUAGAAACGGAGGAGAAUGUGGACUUCUAUGCCACCAUCUUCGGCACUCUGCAGCUGUUGUGUCUGUUGACUUGCCCCCUGAUUGGCUACAUCAUGGACUGGAAGAUGAAGGAGUGUGUGGAUGCUGGAGAUAACUGCGGGUCAUCAGUCCCCAAACGAGACAGAAAGAUCCAGAAAGUGACCAACGCCAUGAGGGCUUUCACUCUCACCAACCUGCUGCUGCUGCUGUUUGGAAUUCUGUGCCUCGUCGAUAGCCUCCCCUUGCAGAUUCUGACGUUCAUUCUUCACACGAUGGUGAGGGGAUUCAUCCAUUCCUGCUGUGGGGGCCUGUAUGCGGCAGUGUAUCCAUCUAAUCACUUUGGCACUCUGACUGGCCUUCAGUCCAUGAUCAGUGCGGUGUUCGCCCUCCUGCAGCAGCCCCUGUUCAUAGCCAUGCUGGGGCCCCUGAAGGGAGAUCCCUAUUGGAUCAACGUGGGUCUGCUGAUCUUCUCACUGUUCGGAUUCCUGCUGCCCGCCUACCUGUACUACCAUCGCAGGCACCUCAUCCAGGAGAAGGAAGCAAGAGACAAGGAGGCAGCUGAGCACCAGCCACUCAACCAGACCAAUGGGCACAAACCCCACACCAAUGGACACCUACAGUCGGAGGCUUAGCUUUUCACCCCCAGCGGAAUGAAUGAACAACUGGAAUGACGAAGAGGCUGUUCAAACUGUUCACACAUACACUCAAACCCACACACAUGUAUACUAUGCACAAAUCUAAACUUUUUUCAUUGCAGUGCUUUGCUGAUAUUCAGGUGUCUGAAGAUGAAUUGUUCAGAUGGAUGUCGUAGUUUUCACAGACUUGGCAUAUAUGUGAAGUUGGGGCUUAAUGUUAUUUUAGUGACUUGAAACCAAAGACAAAUCUGCUGUCCUGCACAGCUUGAGUAAAGACUGUAGGAUGUAGGACCAUGGCCCACUACACGCACAGAUUCCCAGGACAGCUGUCACUGAAAUGUCUACCUCUCCCUUUUCGCUGUAAUGUGGCCAGUUCACAGAGUUUUGUGAAUUUGAUGGUCCUGUAAUGUUUUUUUUUUUUUUUUAAUGUGCAUGCCUUAGUCUGUGUUCAUGUGUCUUCAUCCAUUCAGAAUGUGAGUGUGAAUUCUAGUGUAAGUGUCCAGCUGAUUUCAGAGUGCCAUUAUGGGUUGAGGAUUGGGGGUGGGGGAUUAGUUAGAUCCAUUCAUGAGCUUGAACCAAAGUGUUUUGUAUGAUAGUGUCAUUUGUUUAAAAAAAAAAAAAAGUACACGUCAGAAAAAGUACACAUGUCAAAUGUCACCUCAAAACAUUUCUGUCCAUGAAUUCAAAAGGUUACAACAGUGAAUUAAUGUAUCAUGAACAGAACACUAUUUUGUAUUUACAACAGCUGUAUUUUUGUGUAAGGGAAUGAAUUUGUUCAUAUUUUAAUUGUAAGUGUAUUCAGAAAUAUCGAGGUACUUAGUUUGCUCAUGUUUUCAAGUUUGUGCAUUAUGGUUUUGAAGUGUGUAUUUUUUUAAAAGUUAGCGUAAUAUCUGGAAUUGUAUGAAAAAAAAAAAAGAUUCUUUAAAUGGAUCUGGUGGUCAGAAAAGCUUUGUUGUGAAAACAAAAGGAUGGUUUUCUAGCACUUUGCUUGUAAGCUUUAUUCUUGCCUUGUGUGAAGCCAAUGCCUUAUAUCUGUAUGCAAAUCAAGCUGGGCGAGAUUUACUCUAGGAUAAAUUAUGUUGUAAAUGCUUGUGCUUGCUUCCUCUUUGGUGAGAGUAGCUCACCAUGUCAUAUUAGGUCAUUUAUUAUCCACAAGUGCCACAACACGUUUGCCUUUUGUAAAUCGAGCCAUGAAUGUAAAAAAAAGUACUGUACCCUGUUCACACCUGGAUAAACCAAAGUCCACUGAGCAGCUAUGUUCAGGUAGCAUUCUCAGGGCUAAGUACUAUGCAAUCAUUUCUUUGCGGUCAUGCAAUGCAAAAGAAAUUGUCUCAUGUGCUCUCUUGUGCAUUAUCAAAAGCGUCACAUUCUUUAUCAAUAAAAUAGCUGAAAUGAA